AACGAAAGGGAGAAACACACACCAGUAAAACAGGACACAGCCUGGGAGGCUGUAGUGAAAGCCAUGGCCACUGGCUGGAACAGAGAUCAUGUAUCCAGAGGCAUCACACAGGGGUGAGAAUGAAAGCUCCAUACCCACAUCCUCCACAUGAUUUACAGAGAAAGUGGGAGCUGGGAAAAUUCAGAUCUCACUCCCCUCUCAUCCGUGUGAUACUGGAUUUAACUCUCCAUCUCUUUCUUUUCUCCCAUCACUAUCUCUGAAUCUCCCUCUAUCCUUCUGGGGAAGAUACUCCAGGAGACAUUUAUAGACAGUUAUGACCCAAGUGUCCUUCGAAGGGUGCAAUACAUGCUCUAUGAAAUCAAGUGGAGCAAUAGCAAAAGGCCCUGGCAGAGCUGUUGCCAUAGCACUCGGAUGGAGCAUGCUGAAAUCCACUUCAUAGAAGAUGUCUUUCAGGAGCAAAGAUCUGAUCCUUCUGUCCACUGCUCCAUCACCUGGUACAUGUCCUGGAGUCCCUGUGGGUAUUGCUGCAAGCAAAUCAGGGAUUUCCUGAAGGACCAGCCUAAUGUGAAUCUAGUUAUUUAUGUAGCACGGAUCUACUGGCACAAAAGGGAAAUCAAUCGUCAGGGUCUACGGAGCCUGAUGAACCUUGGAGUGUCCAUCCGAGUCAUGGACCUCCCAGAUUAUAGCUACUGUUGGAGAACAUUUGUCUAUGAUGAGGACAAGGAUGAAGAUGAUUAUUGGCCCAGGCACUUUGCUCCAUGGAUAAUGCUAUAUUCUCUUGAACUCCAGUCCAUCCUUCAGAACAUUCCGUCUUGCUUAAAGAUUUCAUCAGUUAAGAACCAGACUCCAGUUUUCAGCCUAUGUGUAGAUGAGAAACAGAAAAGAGCACUCACAUCAGCCAAUCCCUAUUAGGCGCCAGUAUCCUGGCCUGGGCAGCCAACUAGUCUCUGGAAGCCAUGAGUGUCUUGAACCAGUCCAUCAGCUGCUAAGCAACAGAAACCAGUUGACAGGAAACAUCAACCACAUUAAAACUCCAAAACUGUGGGAGGGGAAGAGGAUGCAGUCAGAAUGGGUGCAACAGAAUGACUGCUUUGCUAUCACAGCAUGUUUUCUCAGUUGGUGGGUUACUCUUGCAUGAGCUGAAAGAACACUAGAAUGUUUAAUCAUUCCAAUUUGAUUUAGUUACUCUUAGCCAUUUCCUUGCCAUUGCUUCAGCUUGUAGCCUUUUGAAAAGUGAAUCAUGUUUAAAUGUUUAAUGUCGUACAGUGACUGGGUCAUGUUAGCAUGUAAGGGUUUAUUCCAUCACAGUUAACACAAGAGUAUCUUUUUUAUUCUGCAGCCAAUGCUCUUUCACCAAAUGAACAUAAAAGUAUAUGAUUUGCUUUGUGCAAGCAGUUUAUAAGGAACUAACUCAUUAUGUAUUUACAUAUCUAGAGACCUUAGAGAGGAUUUAUUUUCUGAGGUUAUUUCUUUGAAUUAUGUUUCUCUUGUAGAUUUCUAGAUUUUACUUUGUAUCAUUUGUCAACAUAAAAUUUGAAUAAAAUAUGUAUAAGGAA